GCGACUGAGCGGAGUGGAUGAUAUCUGUCGUUGUGCACACAUUUGAGCAUAGGCUAUAUAACGAAUUGGGGCUCUCUCCAAGGAAGCUAAAUUGGAGGACGAGGGCGUGUUGGUUUUCAUUUUCUGCAAUAUUGGUAAGAGAACGGAAUAUAUUAGGGUCUGUUUCAAGGACUCGAGCAGCAUGUCGGAGUUACUGGUGAAUCUACUCGGGGAGCGGCUCGUCAACAGCGAUAAAGCCGAGGUGGAUGUACAGGCGCUGGGCAGCAAGCUGUCCCUGGUCGGGCUCUACUUCGGCUGCAGUUUAAACGGUCCCUGUAAGCAGUUCAACGCCAGUCUGUGUGAGUUUUAUAGCAAGUUCAAAAAAUCAUCUGAACAUAAAGACAAAUUGGAAAUCGUCUUCGUCUCAUCUGAUCAGGACCAGAAACAUUGGCAAGACUUUUUACAGGAGAUGCAAUGGCCGGCAUUGCCUUUCAAAGAUAGACACAAAAAGAUGAAGCUGUGGAACAAGUACAAGGUGACCAGUAUUCCCUCGCUGGUGUUUGUGGAUGCAGCCACAGGGAAGGUGUUGUGUCGGAACGGACUACUGGUGGUGAGAGAUGACCCCAAAGGCCUGGAGUUCCCCUGGGGGCCCAAGCCCUUUGCAGAGGUGGUGGCCGGCCCUCUGCUCAGGAACAACAGGCAGACGACAGACAUCAGCUCAUUGGAGGGCCACUAUGUGGGAGUGUACUUCUCAGCACACUGGUGCCCUCCAUGCCGCAGUCUGACUCGGGUGCUGGUAGAAUCAUAUCGCACUGUGAAGGAAUCGGGUCAGAAGUUUGAGAUGGUGUUUGUCAGCGCUGACAGGUCGGAGGAGUCCUUUCAGCAGUACUUCAGUGAGAUGCCUUGGUUGGCAGUCCCAUACUCAGACGAGGCCCGACGAUCACGACUCAACAGACUCUUCGGAAUACAAGGUAUUCCCACCCUUAUUCUGCUGGACACGGAAGGUCACAUGAUCACACGACAGGGCCGUGUGGAGGUGCUGAAUGACCCAGAGUGUCGGCUCUUCCCCUGGCACCCCAGGCCUGUACUGGAGCUCAGCGAGUCCAACGCCGUGCAGCUCCACGAGGGGCCCUGCCUCGUGCUCUUUGUGGAUGCGGAGGAGGAGGGAGAGCUGGAGCCGGCGAAGGAGCUGAUCCAGCCAAUCGCAGAGAAGAUCAUGGCUAAGUACAAAGCCAAGGAGGAGGAGACACCACUGCUCUUCUUCGUGGCUGGAGAGGAUGACAUGAGUGACUCCCUGCGUGACUACACCAACCUCCCAGAGGCAGCACCCCUGCUCACCAUCCUGGACAUGUCUGCCCGGGCCAAGUACGUUAAGGACGUGGAGGAGAUCACACCGGCCGUGGUGGAGACCUUUGUCCAAGACUUCCUGGCUGAGAAGCUCAAACCAGAGCCCAUUUAGAGAGCACACCUAGUCGUUGUCCCAAAUGGCAUCCUAUUCCCUAUAUAGUGCACUACUUUUGAAAAGCAAUGCACUAUAUAGGGGACAGGGUGCCAUUUGGGGGACACACCUAGAAACCUACGGGACCGAAACCCAUAACCUCCGUCAAACCCUGACCUCCCAGUUACCACCACCAGCCUCCUCUCCCCCCUUUCUGUCAGAGGAAGUUCACUUUUUACAGACAUUACCUUUUUUUAGAUAUGUCUUUCUCUCAUGGAGUCUUCUCCUUCUCCUGUGGUGCCUUGCAUUGACUACAGCCCCGACAGUAAUAUGGACAUUCUGUUGCUUUUUUGCUUCCAAUAGCUUUUUUUUAAUCAGUUUCAUUAUAAUUUCUUGAAACUAGAAGAAACCACACAAUG